UUUGUUGAUGUGUAUAUUGAGUGUAGUAGCUAAAAUAUUAUAUUAAUAUUUGAAUUUAUUUGUUAAAUAUAUUAAAAUAUGUAAUCUAAUUAUCACAAAAUGUACACAUUACAAUCGAAUUAUUUAUAAAUGUGAAUUUUUCAUAGUAAAAAAAAUAUAGACAUUAGAGUUUGAUAAAAAAUACAAAAUUAAAAUUACUUUUAUUGUUGUUUUUUUUUUCAAUUAUUUAAUCAGUUUCAGUUGAAUGAUAUUUUUAAAAAAUUACAUAUAAUUGUUUUGAUAAUUUUACGAUUUCUGAUUACAAGAUAUUGUGAUUCAUAAUACCAUUUGAUACUUGAUUGUGCUAGCCAACUGUUUAAUAACAAAAUUCUACCAUCAAUUGUUUUACAAAAGCCAAGCUAAAUAUUAUUCAUGAGUUUCUUUUUACAAAAACAAUAAAAAAUCAAGUACCUACAUACGUGAUUUUAUUGCAAAAAAAAACUCAGAUAACAAAAUACAUUUACAUUAUAUACAUUAGAGUGUUCAGUAGUCCAGUCCAGGCACCACAAUAAUCUUAUCAGGAAAAUAUUAAUGUCAAAGGACUGGGGUUAUGUUUUAUGAUGCCAUGGUGUAGCUAAUUCAUAAUAUAAAUAUUUAUUUUCAAUAUAUUUUAGCAGUGAGUACCUAUAACAACAUUUAUUUAAUAGAAAAAAAAUUAAUUAAUACUAAUUGUUUAUUAUUUUUAGGAUUAUAAAUAAAAGGAUUCAACCAACUGUCAUUUGUUUCAAAUUUUUUCAAGUUAUAAACAAAAACAUUCAAUUGUUUUUACACAUCACUAUGUAUCUUGCAGUGUAAAAUAUAAAAACACACGUUAUAUAAAUUAUAAAAAAAAACAUAAUGGAGACUAGACAAGAAGAUUUUACUUGGUUGAUUGAUCAAUGUGACAAAAAUAUAACACAUGCUAAACCAAAAUUAAAAUGUCCAGAUUCAUUAAAAAUACACAAUAUAAAAAAACAAUUUAUUAUUCCAAGUUUUAAAGUUAGUUUUAUUGAACCAGAAAAUAUUCAAAUAAAACUAGAUAAUAAAUAUUUGAAUCAAUCAAUUAUAAAUGAUUGUUAUGACUUAAAAAUAAGUAAUUGUUCAAAAUUUCUUCAUGACUUUACUUACAAUAAAUCAACAACAAAUCAAAAGCUGUCAGAUAUUUAUAAACUUGGUAAUUCAGAAGAUGAUAUAUCACCAGGUAAAAUUAUUGAAGCUCAAGAUUGUUUUAUUGUUAUUAUAUAUAAAAUAAAUAAAGUUGAAGUUAAUGAAGACAGUGCAAAUCGUAUAUUUAAAAAUGAAAAAAAUAAUUAUUUUUCACAAUUAUGUGAUCGAACAAUUGAAAAAGAUAUUUAUUUAUAUAUAAUAAUAACAACACCUGGAUCAAUUGUUACAAAUGCUGAUAAAAUGCCACAAAAAUUUGUUGACAAUACAAUAAGUAAAUAUUUAUUUAGUAUUGCUGUAGGUGAAAAAAUUGGUGAUGAAUUAAAAAUUGAUGUAUUUGGUGGAGCUGAAAUAAGUGAAUAUCAACGUCAAUAUGAAUCAAUAUUUAAUUCAAUAAAUAUCAAUCUUCCAUAUGACACUUAUUUUACUAAAAAAGUAAUUGAAAAUUGUACAAGUCCAGUUAAUAAACAUGACAUUGAAGUAACACAACGUCAUGUUGUUGAAGCACAUAAAUUAGCUGAAAAAAAAUUAUCAGAAGAAAUAAUGCAUAAUGGUAAAUUAAAUCCAAAUUUUAUUGCAAAAAAAAGACUCAAAGAAAUUGAUGAAACAUUUGAAGAAAUAUGUGUUUCACAAGGUGACAGAGUUAGAAAUGAUCCAAAAGCAGUUAUACAAUUACCAUAUAUUGUAUUAAAAGUAUUAAAAACUGAUUCAAUUGAUGAUGACAUGGAUUUUUUAAACUGGAGUAUUGGGCAAAGUUGUAAUGCAACUCAUUCAUUAAUUGAACAGAGUAUUAAUUGUAUUCGUCGAGGUGCCUUUAAUACAUUUUAUACAACUAACGAUGAAGAAAAAGAUAAUGUAAAUUUUGUAAGUCAAAACGAAAUAGAUCCUGAGCAUAAAAUACGUCUAACAAAAUGUCAUCGUGUUAAGCCACACUUGACUUUUGCUGAUGCUGAAGAGCUAGCAUGUUUUGGUAUUGAUUUUAAAAUAUAUGGUAAAAAUAGCCAACUAGUUAAGAAUUAUAAUAGUGAAAAAAAAAAUUCAUUUUCAUUGAAAAAUACAAACACAAAUGACAUUGAUGAUUGGCUUAAAUUGAGUGAUCAUUUUGUACGUACAACUGAUAAUUAUUUAGAGAGUGAUAAUCAUUCAUCUGUUUCAUUGGCAUUAAAAGCCAUUGAAAAAUCAUCAACUAAUUCAAAUGAUAGUAAAUUUGUUAAAGAAAAAUUAAAUCGUUAUUUGUCAUCUAGAAUUGGUAGAUGGGCAAAAUUAAUGUCUGAUGUUGCUAUUGAAUUAUCAGUUGAUGCACGUCAAAAUUUUGGUAGCUCAGAAUGGGGAUUAAAAAAAUUACGUAAUUAUAAUUUAUAUAUUUUAUUUAAAAAUAAUAGAUAUCCACAAACAACAUUUUUUACAUUAUUUUGGAAUAAUAAUGAUGAAAUAUUUUCAAGAGGUAAAAAUUCUGAUUGUUGUUUUGUUACUAAAAAAAUUCGUACUGAUGGUUAUAUAUCAUGGAUUGAUAUUGUAUCAUUAAAUUCAUCAAAAUUAGUUAACUGGGUUAAAUUUGAAUCCCAAUUAUUGAGCAAUUCAGUAUUUGAAUGUGAAAAUUAUGAAACAAUAUUUAUGGAAAAUGAAGAUCUUUUUAUAAAUGAAAAUUUAAAUGAUAAAAUUAUUUAUGCAAGGCAAAGUUUUUUAUUGAGUAUUCUUGUUAUGAUGAAUGAUAAAUUUGGCUUGGAUGAAAUAAUGUCACAUGCAAGAUUUAUGAUAAUGGAAGGAUUUAAAACAUUACCCUUGGUUCCAAAUCCUGGUAAAAUGUUAAAAAAAUUUUCAAUUGUUUACAGAAGUAGAAUUGAAGUAUGGACAGCUAAAAAAUUAGUUGAAACAUCAAAAAAAAUAAUUAAAUCAUUUGGAUUUAAAUGUUCAAAUGUUAAUAAAAAAAAUGGUAAAAUUGAAUGGACUGGAUUGUUUGAUCCAUUUCUUCAUAUUCCACUUGAAACAACUGAUCAAUUGAUGAAUUCCAUGUACUACAAUUAUGGUAAAAAUAAAAAUGAAAAAUCAGAAGGUAAUAGUGGAAUGAAAGUUGUAGCAAAAAUAUUAUUACAUGAAGAAAAAUUACCUUUAACAAAAAAUUAUCUUGGACAUGAAUCAAGACAAGAUUGUAAAUAUGAAACACAUGAAUUUUCACCUGAAGUUGUUAGAGUAAUGUCAAGUAAACUUGGUGAAAAAUUAAAGUAUAAACUUGGUCCAGCUUGGAAAAAAGUAUUACGUGAUGAAAUAUUUAAUGAUUUAAAUGAACAAGAUUUAGAAUCAAUAUCAACAUUAAAAGCAAGUGCAAGUUUUACUGAGACAGAUAAAAAUCAAACAAAACGUCCAAGAGUUGCUGAAGCUGUUAAAAAUUUAUGGCUUGAAUCAGGAAAAAAAGGAUGGAAAGCAAUACAUUUAUUACAAUCAGCAUUAAAAAAUACCAAAGAUUCUGGUGGUAUACAUAUUGAUUUAUUUAAAAAAAAUCAACAUGGUGGUGUACGUGAAAUAUACGUGAUGAGUAUAUCAGCAAGAAUAAUACAGUUAGUAUUAGAACAAAUUGGAAGAACACUGUGUAAUCAAUUUAAUUCAGAAAUAAUAACACAUCCAAAUUUGAAAUUGACAACACCAGCUGAUCAUUGUGAACAAGAAAAAAAAUUAAAAAAAGGUACUGGUGCUAAUAUAACAGUUUGUACAAGUGAUGAUGCAACGAAAUGGAAUCAAGGACAUUUUAUAACAAAAUUUGCAAUAAUGUUAUGUCAAUUAACUGAUCCAAUAUUUCAUGCAUUUAUCAUAACUGCACUUGAUUUAUGGACAAGAAAAAAAAUACUACUACCAACAAAUAUAUUAAAAAUAUUAAAUAAACACAAAACAACUGGUGAACUUGAUAAUUUAAUAACAAGUAGUUUAUUUAAUAGAAUAUAUCAUUGUUUUAAUGGUCGUACAGAAGAAAGAUGGAUGGCAUCUGGAACAAAUUUUAUACAAACUAAAACUGGAAUGAUGCAAGGUAUAUUACAUUUAACAAGUUCAUUAUUUCAUACAUUAAUACAAGAAUUUAUGAAAGACAAUGCAAAGCAUUUAUUAGAAAAAACAUUUACAAAUAUUGAUAAUGUUAUAACAAUUAUGCAAUCAUCUGAUGAUAGUGGUAUGAUUAUAAGUUUACCAACUGAUAAUGUUAAAGAUGCUAUUACUAAAAUGCUUGCAUGUACAACAAUAUUUUAUAUGAAACAUGAAAUUGGAAAAAUGAUUGGUAUAUAUCCAUCAGAAAAAUGUACAGUUGGUACAAUUAAUAUUUAUGAAUUUAAUUCUGAAUUUUUUAUAUUGGGUAGUUCUGUUAGACCAACAAGAAAAUGGAUUUAUGCUGUUAAUGGAUUAUCAGAUUCUGAAUCUUUAUAUACAAGACAAGAAAAAAAUUAUACAUUAAUUUAUCAAAUACUUGAAGGUGGUGGUAGUGAAAUAACAGCAUGGUUUUGUCAAAUUUCACAAGCCAUGUUACACUAUCGUAUGUUGGGUUGUAGUAUAAGUCCAUUAUGGUCUAGAUAUGCUGAAAGAUUAGCUAAAAUAUUAGAUCCAACAUUAGGAUUUUAUUAUAUAGAUAAUCCUAAAUAUUGUGGUCUGGCAUCAAUACGUUUUGGUCUUUGGUUUCUUUCAAAUAAAAGCUAUUAUUUAUCUAGAAAACUUAAAAAUAUUCUAAAUACAACAGCUAAAAAAAGACAAGAAGACAAAGAACAAAUGGCUGAUCUUUAUGACAUAUUGGGUGUUUUAAGCUCAAGUGUUGCAACAGGUUCAUCAACCAAGAAUGAUGAUGAUAAUAAAAAAUGGAAAGAAUUUGUUGAUAGUUUAAAUUUAGAUCCUACAUGGAUGGAAAAAGUUGAAAAUUGUCCAUUAAUUUUGUAUCAAAGAGCACAAAAUGCUGAUGAAUUUGAUUUAAGAUUUGCUGUUAAGAUGCACAGUCCUGGUAUAAAUUCUGAAAUAGCAUCAGACUCUUGUAUUCGUCAAUUAAUUACAUUUAGCCUACGUGUACUUGGCAAGUAUGUUUUAAAACGUUACAGUAACACAACUCAUAAUUAUUUGAAUAAUAAUUCAUGUAAUAAUAAUGAUAAAGUAUUAAAUGAAGAUGAAGAAAAUAUAUUAUUUCCUCUUAGACAUAGCUAUUCUAGUCUUGUUUAUUUGUCAAAUAAAAUUGAUAUAAGUGGCACAUUUGAGUAUCGAAAUUUAAAGAAAAAAAGAUUUGAUUUAACAGUAUUUAAAUCACCAAUACCAAAUGAUUAUUCAUUAGAAAAAUUGGUAGCAUGGAAAUGGUUUAACAUUGAUAUACCAGCUUCAAGAAAAGUAUCACAAAUGAUGUUUGAUGAAUAUAAAAAAUCAAUAAAAUGGCUAAAAGAUACACCAUCAGAAACAAUUAUUGAAUCACCAUUUUUAAAUCAAAUAAUGAUGCAACAUUAUUUUGCAAGUACUGAAUUAAAAGAUCAUAUGGUACAUUUAAAUGCUGCACCAGUUAUUGGUACAAAUAAAAUAUCAGCAUUAAGAUUAUAUAUGUCACAAAAUAUGUGGCCAAGUUGGAGGCCACAACAAAAAUUAUCAACAGAAGCAAUUAUUGAUAAUUUGCAUUUGUUAUCACAAGGAAUAUAUAUGACAAUUCAAAGUGGAAUGAAGCAAGAAAUUAUAAAAAAUAUAAUAUUUAAUUUAUUAAAACAAUCAGAUCAUUUACAUGCACCAAAUUUAAAAAUUUAUCGUAGUGCUAGACCAAGUUUAUAUUUAAUACAAAAAUUAGCUAUUGAAAUUUCAUCUAGUUAUGUUGAAGUUGAUAAUAAUGAUGAUGCUGAUGAUGAUGAUAAAAUAGGUUUUAUAUCACAAAAAAAAUUAACCACUUGGAUUGUUAAAUGUGUUGAUUUAUCAGUUGGAUGUUUUGGUUCAUUUGCACUUGCACAAAAAAAUAUUAAUGGAAAAAAUAGAGGUCCAUUUAUUUGGGCUGGUAGAAUGAAUGAGUGCCUUGUUAGAAUACAUGGUGAUAGUCAAGAUGAUUAUGACACUUGUGUUACUAAAAUUAUUGUUACUAACAGUGAUGAACUUAGAGCAGCAUGGCCAUUGUUUAAGCAAUGGACAAAAGAUCAUAAUGCUACUUUGGAUAUUGCCAGAAGUUAUGAGACUAUUGAUGGAGAAAAAGUUAUUGCUCGAAUUAUUAAAAAUCGUUUAUGUCCAGAAACAUUAAUAACAGUUGUAGGAAUUCCUGUUGUUAUAAGUGAUACAAUUUUAUUAAAAAUUGAUGAUGCUUGGUUUGAUGUUAAUGCAGUACGUAUUCAUGCUGAUAAAGAGUCAAUAAGUGUUAAAAUUAAAAUGAAUAUUGAUGAUAAAUUUUUAACUGCUGUAUCAUGUCCAAUUGAUUAUUUGCAAAAAUCUAUUGUUCCUUUGGCAAUUAGUGCUUAUGAUUAUUUAACAGAUGUCACAGAAUAUUGGAGAUGUUUUGUUACUCUUCAAUCAUUGUCAAUUGAUCAAGUUGAUGUUAUACUACAUGCAAUUAUUCAAGACAAUGAUACUGUGAUAAAUGAAUUAGGAUUUGAUAAUAAAUAUUCAUUAUUAAAAAAAUUAAAAGAAAGCUUUUGGUAUUGUGCUGAAGAAAUGAAUUUAGCUCAAGAAAAUUUAUUAAUUGGAGUUAAUAAUACUUAUGAUUCAAGUCCUGAUGAUUCAUACAUUGAUUUGAAAAAAGUUAGUCACAAUAGUCCACUUGAAGUAAAUAAAGUAGAUGAAUUUAUUUUACUGGACAAACAUUUUGAUGACCAAUUUUAUAAGCAAGCUCUUGAAAAAGAUUUAAUACUGUACAAUGGUAUUCAAGAUGAUACAUUGAAUAUCGUUGAAAAUAAUACGUUGGAUAGAUUUAUUAACAUGCCAAAACCAUUGAUUGGUAAAUGGAUGAAAUAUAUGUUUCCUAACAAAUCGAAAUUACCUGAAAAUUUAUUCAAGAUUGAUUUAUUAUCUGAUAAAUCAUGAUUAUGAA